AUGGAUCGAAAUAAUGUGCUGAAUAAUAUUUCAGUUUCUGGAAAGUCGAACUUUCAAUACGAGCAGAAUGGUAAAAGACGAUUAAAAAACCAGAAGAGGCCAAUAAUAACAUUCAAUUCUAACGCAGAGUAUGCAAUAUCUGAACAUGAAAAGUAUACAAACUAUGAGGAAACGACGGAUUCGAUUGCAACAAAUAUGUGUCCUUAUUACCGAAAAGGAGGAAUUCUGAUGGAUGCCCCUCAAUCUGUUAUGAAUCAACGGGCCAAUACGAGCAUAGGUGAAGACAAAAAAUAUGUGUCUGAACACAAUAGUGGGAUACUGAAUCCCGGAAACAAAGUAGAACUAUCAAUGAAAGCUACCCCAUGCCUUAAACAGGAGGACUGUCACUUUGAGGGAGGGCACGACUGGUCACAACUUAGUACGAGCAAAAUUUGUAAAAUUCUGGAAGACAUAUCAGGUAAAAAACAUAAAACUAGGGGUCAACUUGCACCAUUGCAGAAAGUUAAAUAUCCUCAAAAAAUUGGUAAUCAAAAAACCGAUAAAAAGAAUCAGAAUUGGUCCCAAAUUCCUAAUGAAGACAUAUGCGCACUUAUAGAGAAGAUUUCUAGUAGACGCAACAAAAACCCUAAACGGAUAAAUCGUUCAUGUUCUCAAAUCCAAGAAAUGUUGGGAGGUAUUGAUUCUGCUGAAAAUAGAAUAGACAAGGGAGAAAUUACAGACUCGCCACUAUUUACAGCAGUAAGGGAAAAUGAGGACGUUCUAGGGUACAAUUUCGGUUCAAAAGGUAAGAUACCAAAAGCGAUAUGUCUUCCUCACCAUAAGGAAAAAAUACAGUUGGUGUCAUUUUUACAGAUGAAGAAAAAUGAGUUAGGAACCACUUGUAAAAAUCAUGAGGGAGAACUUGUUUUGAGAAAGUUUGAUGACAAAGUCACAGUUAAUUCGAAUUGUGCUACAAACAACUAUUUUAAUGAAGUGAUUGCUACACUCAAUUAUUCAGUAUAUCACGAAAUGACUGUGUAUACAUCAUUUAUUCUCAACCCAAACGUUGGUGAUAAUAUCUGGGGUUCCAGAAAAUGCGCUUUUCAACUUCUGAAGCCUGAGGCAGUAGAUACAACAAACAAUAUGCACCAUUUUACUCUGCCACAGGAUAUACAUGGUGAUUCCAUAAUUGUAGUUUCGAAAUAUCAAUUUGAUCCUAAUAAUCUUGUCGUUGAACUCCGUUACAGUUCAAAAAAAUUGAGAUUAUUGCACUCUAUUUUUGGUACAGGUUCAAAAAAAAUACUUUAUCAUCUUAUUCCUCACAACAUAACAACGGUUAAAGAGGACUGUCCUUCUGAUACAGAAUACAGUAAAAAAAGGUCUCAGAAGAACGUUCUCAAAUAUAGAAUGUAUUCUAAUAGCUCCUUGGUAUUAAAAGAAAUCAGCGCUCAUGGUUUGGAUAGCGUAGAAAGCUUUGCGAGAUCCCAGUCUCCAGAAAAUAAGAGAGAGUUAAGCGAUAUCAAUUAUGUUCAAGGUAGUGUUACCCAUAACAGGAGUAUUCUUGCCUGUUUAGGGGAUUUUUUCCACAGAUUUUACUUCAAAAGUUGCUCUGGGAAAACCGAUUUAUCGGAAACAUUAUUCUAUGACAAUUCAACGGAAAAAUGGGUAAAAAUGGGAGAGUUAGUACAUCAAUGA